AUGCGCCGUAAAUCGCUCUGCAAAACCACAUAUAUGACGACACCGGAUCAAAAAACUGAAUUGACAAGUGCAUCAAAAUUAUUCCGUGAAGCUAAAAAUGAAACAGUUGCUCAAUUAGUUGAUGAUGAAGCUCGUUUAAUAGCUAAACAAGAUGAACUUGAAAAAAAAUUAUACAAUGUACAAUUAAAAGGCUUAUCAUUGGUUGAUACACUUGAAACAUUAUUAAUUAAUUUUGAAAAAGAUGCAGAUAUAUUAAGAAAAGAUUUUACUAUUAGUGAUAAAAGAUAUUGGUGGAUUAAAAUUCAAGCAUAUGCUAAAAAAAAUGCUUGGACACAGCUACUUGAAUUUGGAAAAAAACCAACAUCACCUAUUGGAUAUGAACCAUUUGUUGAUGUAUGUAUUCGAUCUCAUAAAAAUGAUGAAGCUCGUCGUUUUGUUGAUCGAUCUAUUUAUUCAUCAAAAAUUGAUGAUGAACGUCUUCCAUUUAUGUUCGCUAAAGUUCUAAUGGCUGAUGAAGCAAUUAAUUCAGCAAUAAAAUUAAAGUCAAUUGAAGCUUUACAUUUUAUAGAAGCAAAAUGUCAACUUAGCGAAGCAAAUUUAACAAAAAUUCGUCAAGCAAAAGAAAAAAUACAAGAUUAUGAUGAUAAUCCAUUAAAAAAUGUAUUUAAAAUUUUUAAUCGUGGAACUCGAGCUGAUGAAUAA